CAAAAUAUGUAAAAUUAAUAAAAUUUUAUUGGUUUUGUUAAGGAAUAGCUUAAAGGAGUGAAAGUUAAACAAACUAAAAUUGAGAAACAAGAUUUUAUGAAAACAUUAAAAAUGAUAGAGGAUUAAUUGUUAUAAUCAAUUAAAAUUGAUAAGAAAGCCAACUAUGGAGAAAUAUAACUAAAAAAAACAAAUAGAGAAGGAGAAUUGAAAUAAUAAAAAUAAAUAAUAUCGCUUUAAUAAAAGCUCUAAUAAGCUUAAAAGGACUGCUAAGAUCUUAAAGAAUAAAAUCAUUAAAUCUAUACAGAAAUCAAAAAAUAAAAGCAAAUAAUAAAAUCACUAGAAAGAGAGAAAUAAUAGUACUAAAGAGACAAGAUAAUUUGGGAUAAGAAACUUCAAAAUUAAGAGGAGUUGUAUUCAACAAAUUUAAGAAUGACUGACGAUGUUAAGAAAGUUUUAAAUAUGAUAAAUGAAGAUAUAGACAGAGAAGCGAUCGUAAAAGCAAAAAAAAUGAAGUGA